UGUCAGAGCAGGGAGGUGCACGCCGGCCCCAUGGAAGCCCCGGAGUUAAUUAGCUACUUUAAGUCUCAGAUGAAAGAAGACUCUGACAUCGCCUCCGCUGUGGCUGCCAUCCGCACCCUGCUGGAGUACCUGAAGAGGGAUAAAGGGGAGACCCUCCAGGGCCUACGAGCGAACCUCAAGAAUGCCAUUGCCACGCUGAGCAGUGUGGACUCAUCGGUGGCCGUGUCGUCGGGCGGGGAGCUCUUCCUGCGCUUCAUCAGCCUCACCUCCCUGGAGUACUCGGACUACUCCAAGUGCAAACAGAUCAUGAUCGAGCGUGGGGAGCUGUUUACCCGCAGAAUCUCGGUCUCAAGGGAGAAGAUCGCCCAUCUGUGCCACACAUUUAUCAAAGACGGGGUGACGAUUUUGACCCACGCCUACUCCAGAGUGGUCCUGAGCGUCUUGAAGGCAGCCGUGGCGGCCAAGAAGCGUUUCAGUGUGUAUGUCACUGAAUCACAGCCGGAUCUCUCUGGGCAAAAAAUGUCCGAAGCCCUCUCCCAGCUCAACGUCCCAGUCACUGAGAUCUUGGAUGCAGCUGUGGGCUACAUCAUGGAGAAAGUGGAUCUCGUGAUUGUUGGAGCUGAAGGAGUGGUGGAAAACGGCGGGAUCAUUAACAAGAUCGGAACCAACCAGAUGGCCGUGUGCGCCAAAGCUCAGAACAAGCCUUUCUACGUGGUGGCAGAAAGUUUCAAGUUCGUACGACUCUUCCCAUUAAACCAGCAGGACGUCCCGGAUGAAUUCAAGUACAAGGCCGACACCCUGAAGUCUGUACAGAGCGGCCAGGGCCUGCAAGAGCAGCACCCAUGGGUGGACUACACCUCGCCGGCCUUCAUCACGCUUCUCUUUACGGACCUGGGGGUGCUGACGCCCUCGGCCGUGAGCGACGAGCUCAUCAAACUCUACCUCUGAGUGGCUCAUGCCAAGCCAGAGCGAGCACAUUCCUACACCUGAGAUGUGCAGACUCAAGAUUUAUUUGCAGCUGGAUGUGUCUCUGGCUCCCCUAAGAAAAGACACAUUGUGCUUACGCGUUCCAGAAAAUCGCAUUUCUAGAUACUGGAAAAAAGGGACUCUCUUCUGGGUCACAAAGGAAAAGCCCACGAGCCCCACCUCCCCCU